AUGAUACCGUGGUCUCGAGAUUGGUCUCCUUCAGCCCUGACACUUGGUUACAGAUACCUGAAUGCCAGCUCUCGGUGCAUCAUCAAACUAGUCCCUGCCAGCCCCACACAGACUCAUUCCUCAAUAUGGAGCUAUGACUUCCCGCACACUCUUCAGCCAUCUGGUAAACCAAAUGAGGGUAUGGAUGAGUCAACCCCACCAAGUCCCCUCUUAUGGGUAAUUCCCUUACCUGGCCAUCUGUCAUUCACGGGACAAUGGGAGUGGCAAUGGCCCCUGGAUGCUAGUGGCAGGCUCAGCAUGCUGCUGCUACCCUUGCUUCUGGUACAAGCUGGUGCCUGGGGGUUCCCAACAGGCCCCCUGAGCCUGCAGGAGCUGCGCAGGGCAUUCACAGCCAGCCUGCACCUUGCCAGGAAGCUGCUCUCUGAGGUUCAGAGCUAUGUCCACAGCUUUGCUGAAUCUCGGUUGCCAGGAUGUACCUGGACUCUCCUGCCCCUGGGACAUCAUCUCCCCAAUGCUUUCCCUGACCUCCAGGCAUGGCGUCACCUCUCUGUGAGUGAAGGGCAGGGAGUGGGGAAACUGGCAGUAAGGCCUGGUACACAGGACAAGGGUUUUAACUCCGAGACAGAAGGUGCAGUGUGGGCCAUGAGGCUGGAUCUCCGGGACCGUGUGUACAGGCACUUCCGCUUCCAGGUGCUGGCUGCAGGUUUUAACUGCUCUGAGGAGGAGGAAGACAAAGAGGAAGAGGAAGAAGGGAAGGAGCUGCUCCUAGGGGCUCUGGAUGGCCCCAAACAGGUGUCAUUCCAAGUGUCCUGGCCACAGCUGCUCUAUACCUACCAGCUCCUACACUCCCUGGAGCUUGUCCUCUCUCGGGCUGUUCGGGACCUGCUGCUGUUGACCAUGCCCCAGGACCCAGGCCCGGCCUGGGAUUCCUAACACCUGGCUUCCAGCCCUAUGGAGUGACUUUUCGGCUCU